AUGUCGGCUCCUGUCGGGCCCCGGGGCCGCCCGGUUCCUACCCCGGCGGCCUCUCAGCCGCCUCUGCAGCCCGAGAUGCCGGACCUCAGCCACCUCACGGAGGAGGAGAGGAAAAUCAUCCUGGCCGUCAUGGACCGGCAGAAGAAAGAAGAGGAGAAGGAGCAGUCAGUGCUCAAAAAAUUGCAUCAGCAGUUUGAAAUGUAUAAGGAGCAGGUGAAGAAGAUGGGAGAAGAAUCACAGCAGCAGCAGGAGCAGAAGGGCGAUGCCCCAACCUGUGGGAUCUGCCACAAAACCAAGUUUGCUGAUGGCUGUGGCCAUAACUGUUCCUAUUGCCAAACAAAGUUCUGUGCUCGUUGUGGAGGCCGAGUGUCAUUACGCUCAAACAAGGUUAUGUGGGUAUGUAACUUGUGCCGAAAACAACAAGAAAUCCUCACUAAAUCGGGAGCCUGGUUCUAUAACAGUGGGACGAAUGCACCGCAGCUACCUGAUCAGAAGGUUGUCAGAGGACCGCGAAACGAAGAGGCGCCUCAGGAGAAAAAAGCAAAGCUGCACGAGCAGGCCCAGUUCCAUGCACCCUCGGGUGACUUAGCUGUGCCUGCAGCGGAGAAGAGUCGAUCUCAUGGGCUCACAAGACAGGAUUCUAUUAAAAACGGGUCAGGAAUGAAGCACCAAAUUGGCAGUGACAUAGCUUCAGACAGGAAAAGAAGUCCAUCAGUGACCAGAGAUCAGAAUAGAAGAUACGACCAAAGGGAAGAAAGAGAGGAAUACUCACAGUAUGCUAGUUCAGAUAGCGCAAUGCCUAGAUCUCCAUCAGAUUAUGCUGAUAGGCGAUCUCAACAUGAACCUCAGUUUUAUGAAGAAUCUGAUCCUGUAAGUUAUAGGGACUCCAACAGGAGAAGUCAUAGGCGUUCCAAAGAGUAUAUUGUAGACGAGGAGGAGGAUGUGGAGAGCAGAGAUGAAUAUGAAAGACAAAGGAGAGAGGAGGAGUACCAGGCACGCUACAGAAGUGAUCCAAAUUUGGCCCGGUAUCCAGUAAAGCCCCAGCCUUAUGAAGAGCAAAUGCGUAUUCAUGCUGAAGUAUCCCGAGCACGGCAUGAAAGGAGACAUAGUGAUGUUUCUCUGGCAAAUGCAGAAUUAGAAGAUUCCAGGAUUUCUAUGCUGAGGAUGGAACGACCAUCAAGGCAAAGAUCUAUAUCUGAACGGAGAGCUGCUAUGGAAAGUCAGCGAUCUUAUUCAAUGGAAAGAACUCGAGAGGCUCAGGGACCAGGUUCUUAUCCACAAAGGACCACAAACCAUAGUCCUCCCACCCCCCGGAGGAGUCCAGUACCCAUCGAUAGACCAGACUUGAGACGCACUGACUCAUCGAGGAAACAGCAACACUUAGAUCCUAGCUCUGCUGUAAGGAAAACGAAACGGGAAAAGAUGGAAACAAUGUUAAGGAAUGAUUCUCUCAGUUCAGACCAGUCAGAGUCAGUAAGACCUCCACCACCAAAGCCUCAUAAAUCAAAGAAAGGAGGUAAAAUGCGCCAGGUUUCAUUGAGCAGUUCAGAGGAGGAAUUAGCUUCCACGCCUGAGUACACAAGCUGUGAUGAUGUUGAGAUUGAAAGUGAGAGUGUAAGUGAGAAAGGGGACAGUCAAAAGGGAAAAAGAAAAACUAGUGAGCAGGCAGUUUUGUCGGACUCUCACACCAGGUCUGAGAGACAAAGGAAAAUGAUGUACUUUGGAGGCCACUCUUUGGAAGAGGAUCUGGAAUGGUCUGAGCCUCAGAUUAAGGACUCUGGGGUAGAUACGUGUAGUAGCACAACCCUUAACGAGGAGCAUAGCCAUAGUGAUAAGCAUCCUGUGACCUGGCAGCCAUCUAAAGAUGGAGAUCGUUUAAUUGGUCGCAUUUUAUUAAAUAAACGUCUAAAAGAUGGAAGUGUACCUCGAGAUUCAGGAGCAAUGCUUGGCUUAAAGGUUGUAGGAGGAAAGAUGACAGAAUCAGGUCGACUUUGUGCAUUUAUUACCAAAGUAAAAAGAGGAAGUUUAGCUGACACUGUAGGACAUCUUAGACCAGGUGAUGAAGUGUUAGAAUGGAAUGGAAGGCUAUUGCAAGGAGCCACAUUUGAAGAAGUGUACAACAUCAUUCUGGAAUCCAAACCUGAACCACAAGUGGAACUUGUUGUUUCAAGGCCUAUUGGAGAUAUACCUAGAAUACCUGAUAGCACACAUGCACAGCUGGAAUCCAGUUCUAGCUCAUUUGAAUCUCAAAAAAUGGAUCGUCCUUCUAUUUCCGUUACCUCUCCCAUGAGUCCUGGCAUGUUGAGGGAUGUCCCACAGUUCUUAUCUGGACAACUUUCAAUAAAACUGUGGUUUGACAAGGUUGGUCACCAAUUAAUAGUUACAAUUUUGGGAGCAAAAGAUCUCCCUUCCAGGGAAGAUGGGAGGCCAAGGAAUCCUUACGUUAAAAUUUACUUUCUUCCAGACAGAAGUGAUAAAAACAAGAGAAGAACUAAAACAGUAAAGAAAAUGUUGGAACCCAAAUGGAACCAAACAUUCAUUUAUUCUCCAGUCCAUCGAAGAGAGUUUCGAGAACGAAUGCUAGAGAUUACCCUUUGGGAUCAAGCUCGAGUUCGAGAGGAAGAAAGUGAAUUCUUAGGAGAGAUUUUAAUUGAAUUAGAAACAGCAUUAUUAGACGAUGAACCACAUUGGUACAAACUUCAGACCCAUGAUGUCUCUUCAUUGCCACUUCCCCACCCUUCUCCAUAUAUGCCACGUCGACAACUUCACGGAGAGAGCCCAACGAGAAGAUUGCAAAGGUCAAAGAGAAUAAGCGAUAGUGAAGUCUCUGACUAUGACUGUGAUGAUGGAAUUGGUGUAGUAUCAGAUUACCGACACAAUGGUCGAGAUCUUCAGAGCUCAACAUUAUCAGUGCCAGAACAAGUAAUGUCAUCAAACCAUUGUUCACCAUCAGGGUCUCCCCACCGAGUAGAUGUAAUAGGAAGGACUAGAUCAUGGUCACCCAGUGUCCCUCCUCCACAAAGUCGGAAUGUAGAACAGGGCCUUCGAGGGACACGCUCUUCUGCUGGACACUAUAAUACAAUUAGCCGAAUGGAUAGACAUCGUGUUAUGGAUGACCAUUACUCUCCAGAUAGAGACAGUCAUUUUCUUACUCUACCUCGCUCCAGAUACAGGCAGAGCAUUGAGCAUCAUCACAGGGAUGGCAGGGAUUGUGAAGCAGCAGAUAGACAGCCAUAUCACAGAUCCAGAUCAACAGAACAGCGGCCUCUGCUAGAGCGGACCACCACCCGCUCCAGAUCCACUGAACGUCCUGAUACAAACCUCAUGAGGUCGAUGCCUUCAUUAAUGACUGGAAGAUCUGCCCCUCCUUCACCCGCCUUAUCGAGGUCUCAUCCUCGUACUGGGUCUGUCCAAACAAGCCCGUCAAGUACUCCAGUGGCAGGGCGCAGGGGCCGGCAGCUCCCACAGCUUCCACCAAAAGGGACGUUGGAGAGAAGUGCUAUGGAUAUAGAGGAGAGAAAUCGCCAAAUGAAAAUUAACAAAUACAAACAGGUAGCCGGAUCAGACCCCAGACUGGAACAAGAUUACCAUUCAAAGUAUCGAUCAGGAUGGGAUCCUCAUAGAGGGGCAGAUAAUGUUUCCACUAAAUCUUCGGACAGUGAUGUAAGUGAUAUAUCUGCGGUUUCGAGGACUAGUAGUGCUUCUCGUUUCAGCAGCACAAGCUACAUGUCUGUCCAAUCAGAGCGGCCAAGAGGAAACAAGAAAAUCAGUGUCUUUACAUCCAAAAUGCAAAGCAGACAAAUGGGCAUCUCAGGGACGAACAUGACUAAAAGCACCAGCAUCAGUGGAGACAUGUGCUCACUAGAGAAGAAUGAUGGCAGCCAGUCUGACACUGCAGUGGGCGCCUUGGGCACCAGCGGCAAAAAGCGGCGCUCUAGCAUUGGGGCCAAAAUGGUAGCUAUUGUUGGUCUCUCGAGGAAAAGCCGCAGCGCUUCUCAGCUCAGCCAAACGGAAGCCGGAGGUAAAAAGCUCCGGAGCACUGUCCAGAGAAGCACAGAGACAGGUCUGGCGGUGGAAAUGCGGAACUGGAUGACUCGCCAGGCGAGCCGGGAGUCCACUGAUGGCAGCAUGAACAGCUACAGCUCAGAAGGAAAUUUGAUUUUCCCCGGUGUCCGCUUGGCCUCUGAUAGCCAAUUCAGUGAUUUUUUGGAUGGGCUUGGCCCUGCCCAGCUAGUGGGGCGCCAGACCCUGGCUACACCUGCAAUGGGUGACAUUCAGGUAGGAAUGAUGGACAAAAAAGGACAGUUGGAGGUGGAAAUCAUUCGGGCCCGUGGCCUUGUUGUCAAACCAGGUUCCAAGACACUGCCAGCACCGUAUGUAAAGGUGUAUCUUUUAGAUAAUGGGGUCUGCAUCGCCAAAAAGAAAACAAAAGUGGCAAGAAAAACGCUGGAACCCCUUUACCAGCAGCUGUUAUCAUUUGAAGAGAGCCCCCAAGGAAAAGUUUUACAGAUCAUUGUCUGGGGAGAUUAUGGCCGCAUGGAUCACAAAUCCUUUAUGGGAGUGGCCCAGAUCCUUUUAGAUGAACUGGAGCUAUCCAAUAUGGUGAUUGGAUGGUUCAAACUUUUCCCCCCUUCCUCCCUAGUAGAUCCAACUCUGGCCCCUCUGACAAGAAGAGCUUCCCAGUCAUCUCUGGAAAGUUCAACUGGACCUUCUUAUUCUCGUUCAUAG